UUGUUUUCUUUUUCGGCCUAAAGGAGAAAGGCGUGGAAUUAAAGAGGGCUGACCCAGAAAAGAAGUUUUAGGGAAAUCGAGGCGGAGAAUCGAAAAGCCGGGAAGGAGGAAUGACUACAACCUUGCAAUUGCCUCUAACUCCUACCACCGUUACUUCCUAUCCCUACUUAGAUUCCUCAUGGAAAUCGUUUGAAUUACUUUGCACUGGAAACCCUAAUUUUAAUGGCUGUAACUUCUUCUCUCCGUCUCAGCACGGACGUCUACGGCGGGCCAGAGGAUUUCUGUCCAGACGAACGUGGCUUUUUGGAGAUAUGAAGAGACAUCAGGACAAACAUGGCAGGAGAAUGGAGAAUGUGGUAUGCAUGUUUGGUUCCGAUGAAGUAGGUAUACAAAUUCCAACACAGGCCCAAUCUGUAGUGGAAGGCUCAGGGGCAGUUUUGGCAUCAGAGUUCAAGCCUGUUCCUGAUGUUGAUUAUCUACAGGAGUUAUUGGCCAUUCAACAGCAAGGACCUAGAGCUAUUGGAUUUUUUGGUACACGGAACAUGGGAUUCAUGCAUCAGGAGCUAAUUGAGAUCCUUAGCUAUGCCAUGGUUAUAACUAAAAACCACAUAUAUACAUCUGGAGCAUCUGGGACUAAUGCAGCUGUUAUUCGAGGUGCUUUAAGGGCAGAGAAACCAGAGUUACUUACAGUCAUUUUGCCUCAAAGCUUAAAGAAGCAGCCUCCUGAGAGUCAGGAGUUAUUAUCGAAAGUUAAAAAUGUGAUAGAGAAGCCUCACAACGACCAUCUACCUCUAAUAGAGGCCAGCAGGUUAUGCAAUAUGAACAUCCUUAUGCACGUGCAGCAAGUCAUUUGCUUUGCUUUCCAUGAUAGUAGGUUGCUCAUGGAAACUUGUCAGGAGGCAAAAAACAUGCGGAAGAUUGUAACUCUCUUCUACCUUGACUGAGACAAUUGUGAUGCGUGUCUAUACAUUAUAUAUUCGUAGGGAUUGAGGAGAGACGGGAUUGCUAAGGCUUGGCCAUCCCUGAACCGUUUAGAUUCAGGAGAAUCCAGAUCUCAUUCUUGAGAACAGCUGUGCGCUGUGCCCUUUUAUUUAAAAAAUGGCAUUGCUUCGAUGUACUUAUUUCGGAUGCCAAUUUUGAUAAAUCAAAGUCUGAUUUUUCUAUUUGUUUUUACUAUGCUAUUAAGAAAUGAGAUACCGAAUUUCUCUGGA